UGUAACCAGAUAUAAGCAGGGCCAGCAGCAUGUGUUGAAGGACACACACGGCCAGCAGACCACCAUUACUCUAAAGCGUCAAAAAGAGGGAACUUGCACCAUAGAAGAUUCCAGAAUAAAAGAUUUGCAACGAGCAACGAUGGACCAGGCUAGGUCAACAAUAUCCAAAAUCUUCAAUGGGGAACCUCACUCGUACACGCGUUUCAACCUGACCCAGAACAUGGAAGGUGACAACAGCCAGGUGGAGAUGAAGCUGUCGUCCGAUGCGGAUGAAGAAGUCGGCGGGAACGGCGUGGGAGCCCAUCUCAGUCACAACGGCAAUCCCAAAUCCUACACAAAUUCAAAGUUUGGACGCACACCCAAGAACCUUUGCUUUAUGGUAGCCACCAUUCUCCUCAUCUUGUUUAUCGGGUACUUGAUUGGCUAUCUGGUCCACGGGAAGAAAGAGUCGCCCCCGAGUUGUGCGGCGGCGUCUGUGCAGUUUUCUGAUGCCCCCGUCGUGCAUGAGACUGGAGCUGCCCCCAUCAUGAACUGGGAUACUCUAAAGAAUGCUCUCGCUCAGAAACUGAGUGCCUCGAACUUCAAAAGUGCCUUGAGUGAUUUUUCCCAUUCGAACCACCGGGCUGGUUCUGAAGGCGAUGCAACUUUGGGAGAGAGGGUGGUCAGGAAGUUUACAGAGUACGGCAUGAAAACCUGGACCGAUGAGCACUUUGUGAAAGUGCAGGAUCCUCCACUUUCUGGCUCCAACAAGAUCAUUUUCAAGAAUGGCAUUGAGGAACGUCAAGAUGGCUUUCUCUCCUACAGUGCCAAUGGAAGAGUACAGGGAGCCGUGCUGUACGCCCACUAUGGACAGGAAAGUGACUUCAGAUUGUUGCGGGACAGAAACAUCAACAUGAGUGGGAGAGUUAUAUUGAUCAGAGCUGGACUGAUCAGCUUUGCAGAAAAAGUAGCCAAUGCUGCCAAAAUGAAGGCCUCUGCUGUGUUGAUCUACCAAGACCCCACUGAUUACCCACCUGAAGGGACCACUCAACUCUUCGGUCAUGUCCAUUUGGGUUCUGGAGAUCCCUACACCCCUGGCUUUCCCUCCUUCAACCACACCCAGUUUCCACCUGCCCAGUCUUCAGGUCUGCCAAGUAUCUUGGCUCAAACUAUCACCACUCGCACAGCCACCAACAUUCUUCGACAACUGGAGGGUCAAAAUGUGCCGGAAGAGUGGGGUGGUUUCAACAAACUCGGUAGUGAGACUGACGUCAUCACUGUGGAGGUCAACAACUUUCUCACUGAGAAAAAGAUCUACAAUGUCUUUGGCGUCAUCGAGGGUUUUGUGGAUGCAGAUCGUUAUGUGGUCAUUGGUGCCCACAGGGAUGCCUGGGGUCCUGGUUUUGCUGCGUCAACUGUCGGAACCGGCGUUCUGGUUGAACUGGCUCGUUCCAUCUCAAACAUAGUAAAGAAGGACGGAUUCAAGCCAAGGAGGAGCAUUGUGUUUGCCAGCUGGAGUGCUGGAGAAUAUGGGAGCGUUGGCGCCACCGAGUGGCUGGAGGGCUAUCUGUCUUCUCUCAGCAUGAAGGCCUUCUCUUACAUCAACCUUGAUGGCAUUGUAACAGGUCACAGUGGCUUUAAAGUAUCGGCAAGUCCUAUGAUGUACACUUUGAUUGAACACACUCUCAGAGAGGUGAGCCUUCAGAAUAAGGCCGUGCCCCUUAUUUCUCAAUUUGGAAAGAACAACUGGAAAACUAAUGUGCUGGAACCCAUGCAGAUGGAUAACGCUGCAUAUCCCUUCAUUGCCUUCUCUGGCAUUCCAUCUGUGUCGUUUAGGUUCACAUCAGGUCAUCUAGACUAUCCAUACUUUGGCACGUUACUGGACACCCAAGAAAAGCUGAUUGCCGCCACGUCCAACCAGCAUCUACAGCUGGCUGAAGCCGCUACCAAGUUUGCGGGCCACAUGGCACUGAGGCUGGUCCACGACCACCUGCUGCCCAUGGACCUAUUAAAGUACGAGAAGGUUAUUCGCUCUCAAGUCAUUCAGAUCAACGAGAAAGUGGAUACUCUUAGGAGGAUGCAGCCGAAUCUCAUCCCCAUGUCCAUGCAGUGGUUGUACUCGGCCGCCGGCGCCUACAGCCGAGCUGCCCGUAACCUGAUGACCGAUAUUCAAAACAGCGACCUGGGGGACGUGGAGAUGUGCCGCAUCUACAACGACCGCAUCAUGUCGGUGGAGAGGAACUUCCUGUCGGCGUACGUGUCUGCCAAAGAAAGUCCUUUCCGCCACAUUCUGCUGGGCUCUGGUCCGCACACACUCAAAGGGCUGUCCUGUCACCUGGACGCCCUAAGGACUGACCGCCCGCAGGAGACCAUAGAUGAGUUCCGUAACCAGUUUGCCUUAGCAACCUGGACAAUUCAGGGCUGUGCCAAGGCACUGGCAGGGGACAUCUGGCCGUAUGAUAACGACAUGUAAAAAAAAAUUUUUUUUAAAUGACAGUCCUGACUGCGGAAAUAAAUAUAUGAAGUAUACUAAUACUCAGUCCCUUCAGGAUGUUGCGAUGGCGCCAAUUCACGCCAAUUCAGCCAAUCCCUGCAACUUUUUCCAACGUCCACGUGUAUGUUAGCUAAUCAACGUCAUCUUGGCCGAUCAAAUUUGUCAACCGUCUAAUCAAAACGUGUCAUUUUGUUUCUUGUGCAGAGCGAGCAGAAACUAACAAGGUGUAAAAAGUCUUUAUUGAUAACUCCACACAAAAAUGUCAUCAGACCUACUUUUAUAAUCUCUCAACGUCUCUCAUUUUAACAACAAAAACUAUAGAUCACUCUUAAAAUGUUCCCAAAUGCUUUUUAACCUGCGUCGGAACAUAAAUGAACGUUAAAGACGGAUAAACACCUUUUUAAGCAUAAAACAUACACGGAUAAUUUCCUCCUGUAUUUAUAAUGAAUUAUUUAUAUUACUAAUAUUGAUUAUUUAAAACAGUACAGUCAUUUCUCAUUGAGCUCUGAGUAGGGAUGAUGUUUGAGUUUGAGCCCAUUAUCGAAUCCUCUUAUCGAACCCAUUCCUUAUCGAUUCUCUUAUCGAAUCCAGAUAGGUUGUUGUAUAUGGAAAAAAAAAACACAAUAUUUGGUUUAACAAAAGCUCACUUUUAUUUUAUAAGAAAAAAAAAGAAAAAAAAAUAUUGACUGUUACCCCCCUAAAAAAAAAAAAAAAAAUAUUGACUGUUGUUACCCAAAGUAUAUUAAGUGGGAUUUUUCAGAAAAACAAAUAUAUACAGUAACACAAAAACAACCUGUCUCUGUGAUCACUAUAGGUGUAUAAAUAAUAAUAUAGUGUUAAAUAAAAUCAGUCCCUUGGGCACAAAACUGAAAAUAAUACAGCUCUCCAAAAAGUUCACUUCUACUGCUAUUGG